GAUUGCUAAUCCCAUUCUUUCGCUCAAUUUCAUUUUUCACUAUACAACACGAGCAACUUUCUUCCCUUACUGUUUGGAAAUGGAUGUUAUAUCAACACUCUUCUUUUGCCAUGGUAUCACUGAGCAAAGAACUUAUAAAAUUACAAAUCGCCCCUCUCAAUUAUUUCCCUACAAGAUCGUGGAUAAUUAACUACUUUUCUUCUUUCAAUUUUCUUUUCAAAGACAUGAUCUUUUGAAUACUUUCUUUCCUCAUCAAGGUUCACAAGUUACAGUUUUUUCCUUUUAAUCUACAGAGUAGCCCUUGAGUGCACAGAAUGUGCUGAAAGGUCGACCAUGUUCUUCUGUACAAAUUCUUUAUUUUUGCCUGCCUUCUGUACAAGUUCAUAUGUGACACUUGCCAUAGAACUUCGUGCAGUCAAAAAGAACUUCAAGACACUAUUAGGCUGCAGAAGAGAUUUCUGUUCGCUUUUAAGUAUAAUUACACAUGUUAACUGACUCUUAACCCAUGAAGUAAUAAUCCAUGAGAGGGGGUAAUGGUUUCACUAAUUACCAAUUUCUGAAUGAUAAUGUACCGAUUCCUAAAGUCAGGCUAUUUCGUUUCCACCACUGCAAUUUCAGUUUUAGCUUGGGGCCAAGCUGUAGAACCAAGAGAUACUUGUUAGCUAUGGAUGAUUAUACUGAUGAAGCUAAAGGUGGAUCAUAUUUUGCGGAAGCAGCUUUUGAGAAACUCUACUCACUUGAAGGCUUCUCCACUAAGGAACAUGAUACGCAAGAGCUGGAUGUUUUCUUGCAAGCUUUAGCAGAAGUUGACUUUUGCUUAGCAUAUUCUUCUGAGAAGCUGAUGAACUUGCAUAAAUUGCUUAUCCAUCUGUUGAGCCAGGAAAACGAUCUUGAAGCAGUGGAUUUAAAGAAUAACUGCAUCUCAAUAGACUUCAUUGAAAAGGCAUUUGCAUUUGAUAUUUUGUUAGGCAUAUUAGAUUCUGAGGUAAGAGAGCUGGACAAUUUCAUGGACACUCUUCAAGCUGAAAUAGUUGAUGCUCGUCAUAAAAUGCUUUCAUGCAGAGAUUUGAAAUUUCCCUUCACAAUGGAAGAAAAAUUGCAUGACUCUGAAGAGUCUGUGAAGGAUUUUCAGCAGCAAUUGUUGGAGUUGAAGAUGCAGUCAUAUUACGGAAAACCCUCGAGGCUUUUCAACAUGAGAAUUGGGAAACAGGGAAGGGUAAAUUUAUCAGAAAAUGGCCAACUGACCAAUACUAAAGUAGAAUCAAAUGAUCAGAUUGUUGAGCAGCGAAGAUAUAUUCUUCGGAUGCUAGAGAAGUCUUUAGCAAGGGAGGUAGAUCUUGAGAAGAAGGUAGCAGAAUCAAGAGAACAUGAAGAUCUAAAAUUGAAACUACACUACACAGAACAAUUAUCAAUGCGCAUGGAAGAAGCUGCAGAAUUUGUUUGGGGAAGAUUUCUAGAGGCAGAAACUGCAGCUGAGAUGCUCAUGGGGAUUUCUAAAGAUCUGAUGGGACGUCUCCAGAUAGCUGAGCUUAACCUAAAUGGUUCUACUCAACGAGAAAAUGAGUUGAAAUUAAAAGUUCAAACUUGCAUAGAAGGACUCAAGGAUAAAGAUUCUUCUCUAGAGAAGCUUGAGCGUAUUAAUGCUGAGCUCAUGAAGGAAAUUGCUGAAGUGCAAGUUUUGAGGGAAAAGGUGAAAAAUCUUGAAGAAGAACGAAAAGAAUUCGAACUCCAUCUAUCCGCCGUAACUUCUGAGAAUGAAACUAAUCAAGAGCAUCUUAUUGAAAUGGAAAAUCAUAUUGAGUCAUUGAAAGAAAGCAUUUAUACAGCAGAAACUAGGGCUGAGAGUGCUGAGGCGAAGGCUACACAGUUAACUGAGACUAACUUGGAACUUACUGAAGAGCUGCAUUUUCUUAAAGGCAUUGCUAGUAAUGCAGAAAAAAAGGUGGGUUCACUAGAGAAGCAAAUAAGGGAAUCAGAGAUUCAACUACAGAAUGCAAAGGCAUCGUCUGAAGCUAGCCAAGAACAGCAGAAAAAGUUAUACUCAGCAAUAUGGGAUAUGGAAUUAUUAAUUGAAGAGCUAAAAUCAAAGGUAUCAAAGCCGGAAAGUAAGACAGAAAGUGCAGAAGAGCCUUGCAUUGUGUUAUCAGAAACUAAUGAAGAACUAAUUAAAGAAUUAGAUCUCCUGAGGUCUAGAAUUAAAAGCUUGGAAACAUCUUUGGACCAAGCUAACAAGUCAAAAAUUUCAAGUGCAAAAGAAAUCAAUGUUAGAACCAAGUUUAUCAUGGAUAUGGUCAUGCAACUAACCAUCGAAAGGGAACAUGUCCAUAAACAGUUAUGUACUUUAAAAAUAGAGAACAGAAGUUUGGCAGAAAAGCUAAAGAAUAUGAAAAAGGAUCUCCCUCUAGAUUCCUGCCACGUUGGAUUAAAUAAUAGCAAUGAUGAUCAAGCUUCUAACGUUGACUCAAGCAAUGGUAGCUGUACAAAAUCAUCUGAUGAAGAAGGAAAAGAUAUUUUAAAUCAAAAUUUUCAGGUGGAUGAACCAUCCGAAGAUGCAAGCUCUGAAACUAAAGUAGAAUCUUCCAUUCCAUCAGAGAAGUCUGGAAAAUUUGGCACCUUAGCAUUUUUUUCAAUGGCAAUUAUUGUGCUACUGGCUUCUUUUUUAGCCACCUUCUUGUUUGAUAAAGAAACCUUACAAUUUUUGAGAACAUUGAUGGUUAAGUCAUGACUUGAUGACUUGACCAUUCAAGAAAUUUGCUUCUUGUGCUCUUGUGAAGUCAUUUCACUUCUGUAUUGUGUGUUCAUAUAUUUAUGUAGCCAUAGUAUUGGUGUGAUUCAUUGUCACAAUUGAUUUGUACAUAAUUUUAUCAGCAUUUCAAGAAUCUGCAUUUGUUGAAUUUUCAAAUAAUGUAAAAAAAUAUAUGAACUGAGAUGUGCUGUAGUCAUCCAAAGAAUCCAAGAAUCAGAAAAAGGGAAGCUUGUUCAUGCAUA